AUGCUGGGGAACAGAGCUCUGCUGCCGAUGCUAUUGCUGCUGCUGCUGCUGUCUGACACUACUGAGGGCAUGGCUGUGGCUAAGAGCAGUAACCCUGCUUGGGGCCAGUGCCAGCAGCUCUCUCAGAAGCUCUGCACAUUGGCCUGGAGUGCCCACUCCCCCCUUGGGCAUAUGGAUCUGCCACGAGAAGAGGGAGAUGAGACAACAAACGAUGUCCCUCUUAUCCAGUGUGGGGAUGGCUGUGAUCCCCAAGGACUUAAGGACAACAGUCAGUCCUGCCUGCAGAGGAUCCACCAAGGCCUGUCUUUCUAUGAGAAGCUAUUGGACUCCGACAUCUUCACAGGGGACCCUGCUCUGCUCCCUGAUGGUCCAGUGCAUCAGCUUCACACCUCCUUGCUGGGCCUCAGGAAACUCUUGCAGCCUCAGGGACACCAGCAGGAGACAGAGCAAAGCCCAAACCUCAGUCCGAGCCAGCCAUGGCAGCGCAUUCUGCUUCGACUUAAGAUCCUUCGCAGCCUUCAGUCCUUUGUGGCUGUGGCUGCCCGGGUCUUUGCUCAUGGAGCAGCAACUUUGAGCCCCUAA